ACAUAUCAAGGAUCUUAAAAAAAAUAACGCGAUUUUUUAAUUCUACAUUAUUAUUAUAUACUAAAAUUUAUAAAUAUAAAAAUGAACCGUUGGGUUGGAAAAGUUGCGGUAGUAACAGGUGCUUCAGCUGGAAUAGGAUUAGCUAUAACGAAAUCCUUAGUUCGAGAAGGAAUGAUUGUCGUUGGACUGGCCAGAAGGAAAAUUAAAAUGGAGAGUGAAAUGGAAAGCUUAAAAGAAAAAGGAACAUUUCAUGCACUUGAAUGUGAUGUUUCUAAACAAGAAGAUGUGAUUAAAACAUUUGACUGGAUAAAGAAGAACUUAGGAGUCGUCCAUGUAUUGGUUAAUAAUGCUGGCGUUCUUGCUACCGGAAAAAUUCUUGAUUCCAACAAAGAAACUUGGGAAAAAUUAUUUGGUGUAAACGUUAUGGGCUUACUGUACUGUAGUCAGGAAGCUGUUAAAAGUAUGAAGGAAUCUGGUCAAGAAGGUCACUUGAUAAACAUAAACAGCGUUACAGGACACAAACUGAUUAGCAAUCCGGGAAUAUUCAUAAACGUAUAUGGUGCAACAAAAUAUGCAGUUACUUCAUUAACAGAAUCCUUAGAAUUGGAAUUAAUUGGUUCUAAAAUAAGAACAACGAGCAUCAGUCCAGGAUACGUGCAUACAGAUAUUACUAAAACAACAACAAUAAGUGAUCCUAAGAUACUAGAAGUUUUAAAGGACCCUGGAUUAGAAGCAGAGGACAUUGCAGAUUCUGUGGUUUAUGUAUUAGGUACACCUCCACGUGUUCAAGUAACAGAACUAAUAAUUAAACCAGUUGGGGGCCUUUUAUAAAUUAACGUAAAAUGGGACUCAGCGGUUCCCUUUUUUCGGUCAUUUACAAUAAAGAGCAAGCAGGUAUUUACAUAAGAUAUUCAGAGAUCACGUUCAGAAAUUCAAUUUUACGGAAAGUAGGGGAUUUUCUUUUAAAGAAGUAAUUUUAUUCCAAUAAAAAUACCAGUGUAAUUAACUUUCGUAACUUACUUUCCCUCCCCUACUCUCCCAGACAUUCCCAUAGCUACUCUCCCUUCACUUCAAAACUGGCUAUUCCUUCUCCAACAUCUUUCUU